GUGGGCUAGUCAGCGCCGGACUGGUUCCGUGUUUAGAGCCGAUCCGGGUUCAGCAGCUCCAGAAUUAGGCCGGCCUCUUCUCUCCUCUAACUGUGGCUGUCGAGGCGUUGCUGAACGAAUCAGACUCUGUCCUCCACGCUUGGCUCCUGGCCACAGUGCCCGCCCCGGCCGGAAGUUGCACUGCAGCAGAGGGACAACUUCGGACGUCAGACAGCAAGGGGCAGCAGUGCUCUGACCAUUGAUGUAGAAGUCGGCUGAAGGUCUGAGAAGCUGGCUGUUCACUUCUGCCUUCCACUCACCAUUUUCCUACAUCAGUUACUGGUUUCCCUUUCUAUGGUCUCCUCUCAAACUACACCACCUCCCAGCUCAGGGACGAGAGCUGUCAGCUUGCUGAUUUUGUGGAGGCCACAGAGAAAGCCGGGGAAGAACAAGAGCUCCGGACUCAAUCCUGUGUUUCAACCCCGGCUCUGUGUGUAAUCUUUCAACCUCUUGGAACCUCAGUUUCCUGCUCUGUAAAAAUGGAGCUAACGAUGCCCUCCCUGCAGGGCAGUUAUGAAGACUCCUGAAAAUAUGGGUAAGGCCCCCGUGGCAGAGUGCUUGGCCCAUGUAAUCACCCAAUAUACAUUUGUUGUUAAUUAAAACCAAUGUUUUUUAGGUGAGAUCCUUACAGUUUCAUUUGCUUUAAUUGUGGUUGCACAUCCCAAAUGGGACAAUUGAUCCAUCUCUCCAGCACUUUCACAGAAGUGUCUGGGGCGAUGAGUGGUUUGCUGCUCUAAUUCCUAUCGUGAUGUUUAUUGAUGAGAUUCCUCUUUGAAAGAUAGAUUCCUGUAGCUGAACCACAUCCAAAGAAAGAAGCCUGCAUUGCUGACCGAGUAUUCGCCGAAUUGGAGUAUUUGUUUCAGUACGACCUAGUUGCACUUGAGAGUACAUCCUAAGGAAACAAUUAGAGACACCAAAAUGCUAAAGAAGUUCAUGUCAGCAUUAUUCAUAGUAGGAAAACGCUGGAAACACCGGAAAUGUCCAGCGAUGAGAUGGGUACUUUCCAAGGCACUCAAGAUACAGCUGUGGAUAAAACUGACAAAAAUUCCUGCCCCGUUGGAGCUCCGGAGCCAUCAGUGGCAUUUGUGUGAUGGAUGGGAAGAGCAUCAGCUAGAGAGAGAGGAAGCCCAAGAAGCUCAUCCAGACACCUCCACUAACCAGUCAAAUCACUGCUCCCCCUCUGAUCCAAUCUGCUUAUCCAGAGGACGAAAAGUGACGGCCCCCACACUCAGCAGCUUCUGGCAGUUCCAGAGGAUGGUCAAGCACAUCACAGGGCGGAGCGCCUUCCUCUCCUACUACGGCUACGGCUGCUACUGUGGGCUCGGAGGCAAAGGGGUCCCCGUGGACGACACUGACAGAUGCUGCCGGGCCCACGACUGCUGCUAUAAGAAGCUGAAGGAGUUUGGCUGCCAGCCUUUGUUGAACAGCUACCGGUUCCACAUCCUCAAUGGGUCGGUGGUCUGUGGAUGCAGCCCGGGUCCCAGUGGCAGCUGCCUCUGCGGGCUGAAGGCCUGCGAGUGUGACAAGAGAUCCGUGUACUGCUUCAAAGACAGCCUGCCCACCUAUGAGAAGAACUUCAAGCAGCUCUUCUCCAGCCGGCCGCAAUGCAGUGGACAUAAGCGCCAGGGCUAGGGAGGCCACAGCCCCUCGCGGUGCACUUUUCCAGGAAGCCACCUCCAGCCAUCCCUGAGGGGCUCCCGUUCUUGUAGCUUCCCCUUCAACGCGACACCAUCUCAGGUUCCCCCCCUCACACCACACGUGAGGCCUGGAGCUCAGACACAGGGAGCACCCGUGCUCUGCGGAGGGAGACAGAACGCGAGUAUAUCUGCUAAGUCACUGAUACUUUCCAGCAGUAAGUGCUAGGAAGCAACAGAACAAAGCAACAGGAUAGAAAGACGCGGGAGAAGCCUCUGGCUCUCCCCAAACUCUCCUUCCACUCCCACCCCAAAUCAGGAUUUGGAACAAAGUAGAGAUCUGAGAGACGCUCUCGGAGUCUGGAUUUCAUUUGCUCAAAGUCUGCUCUCUAAAUCCACAGGUAGGAAAACAAUCGAUGCUGAUUUCAUGUGUCUGGAGACGGCACCACAAGGAAAUCGGCACUCACCACUGCCACGUGGCUGUUCCGGGGCUGCCCUCAUCAGUGGAUCUAUCCAUCCACGGGUUCAGGAGCCGACUGUGUGUUGGGAGGUGGGGCCCGGGCCGUGACCCGGAAGGGCAUGUUCUUGUUCCGGGUUCCUCCCCGCUCCUUCUGCGUCCCAGCUGCCAUGGGUUGUAUACCUCUCCACCGCUAUGCCCUUCCUUAUGUGUGUCUGACAACUUUGGACUGAACUCACUGGAAACUGUGAGCCAAAUAAACCUGUCUUUCUUUGAAGUUGUGGGUGUCAGGUAUUUUGUCCCAGCUAUGAGGAGAAAGUGACUGAUCCAUGAUCUAAUCCGGGUGGAUUCGGAUGCUUAUAGUGCCCAGCUGGAACAGGAAGUUGUGAACCUGGCGCAAUUGCUCUUGCCUCUCAGCACGCUCUUUGUAACACAGUAAUGCUCAGCUUUUCCUGUCGAGGGGCAGAGUCUCCUCUCUCACCCCUUCGAUCUGAACUGGCUGUGUGACUUGCUCUACUCACGGGAACAUGGUGUGAAUGACGGUGGCCGGUUCCAGGCCUUCGUCUUGGAGAUGCAGAACAGUCCUCUCGGAUACCUACCUCCACCUGGAGAAGGCCUAGGUUCACCUGCAGCUGAACAGAACCCACCUGGACUCGCAUCAUCGGCUCAGUUGUCUCAGUUGAGACUUUGGCCAAGACCAACAAAGCCAAUUCGUGGCUGGCCACAAACACCUGAGAAAGCCCAAUACAGACAAAGGUGACUGACCACCCGGCUGAGCCCAGGUGAACUGGCUGCACACAGACCUGUGAGCUACAUA